UUCAGCGAGCAACCAAGGCAGAUGGGUGGAGUAAAUUGGACCACUGGGGAAUGUGAAAUGCUUCAAAGGGGGCUGAAGCUGUUAGGAGAGUCAGGAAGGAUUGAAAUAUAGCUGCUUUUUUUCAGAGCGGCUGUAGAGAGCUUGACUUGAGCCACAGGUAAAACUGGAACGAUUGACUCUGAGAGGAUAUUUUUCUGCAAAAUGAUUUGCUGAUGCCGUAUGAAGAAAGACUCUAAAAUAAGAGUGCAACAGGGACCAUGGCAUCCUCAGCUCUGACCAGUCUCUCAAUGAUGAGUCUGCUCAGCCUCAGUUACCUGACCUGGGACCUGAUGAGCCCUAACCAGCUGGAAAACACACCAGAUCAAAGUUUUAAUGACCGAGCUUCUGGUGUUCAACCUCCUCACAUCAUUUUUAUCAUGACUGAUGACCAGGGGUUCAAUGAUAUUGGUUAUCACAGCUCAGACAUCAAGACACCGACGCUGGAUAAACUGGCUGCAAAAGGGGUCAAAUUAGAGAACUACUACAUCCAGCCCAUCUGCACACCGUCUCGAAGUCAGUUCAUCACCGGCAGGUACCAAAUCCACACUGGUCUCCAGCACUCCAUUAUUCGGCCCCGCCAGCCCAACUGCUUGCCCUUUGACCAGGUUACCCUCCCUCAGAGGCUUCAGCAGCUUGGUUACUCCACUCACAUGGUGGGCAAGUGGCACCUGGGCUUCUACAAGAAGGAAUGUCUGCCUACUCGCCGGGGGUUUGACACAUAUUUUGGCUCCUUAACGGGCAGCGUGAACUACUACACCUAUAGCUCCUGUGACGGUCCGGAGCUAUGUGGCUUUGACCUCCAUGAAGGGGAGUCGGUUGCCUGGGAUCAGGGAGGCAAAUACUCCACACAUCUGUUUACGCAGAGAGUCCGUAAGAUCCUGGCAAGACAUGAUCCUCAGUCUCAGCCACUCUUCAUCUUCCUCUCCUUCCAAGCCGUCCACAGUCCUCUACAGUCUCCAAAGGAGUACAUCUGUCCGUACAGCGGGCUGGAGAACGUUGCACGCAGGAAGUAUGCUGCAAUGGUUUCAACUGUAGAUGAGGCUGUCCGGAACAUAACCUAUGCGCUUCGCAAGUACGGAUACUACCAGAACAGUGUUCUAAUUUUCUCCACUGACAACGGUGGCCAGCCUUUGUCCGGUGGAAGUAACUGGCCGCUCAGAGGACGAAAAGGUACCUACUGGGAGGGAGGUAUUCGAGGUCUUGGAUUUGUCCACAGUCCUCUUCUGAAGAAGAGGAAGCGGGUGAGCAAAGCUUUGGUUCAUAUCACUGACUGGUAUCCCACACUUGUGGGAUUAGCGGGUGGGAAUGAGUCUAUGACUGAUGGCCUGGAUGGAUAUAAUGUUUGGGAGGCCAUAAGUGAAGGGAAGGAGUCACCAAGAUUAGAGAUCCUCCACAACAUUGACCCCCUCUUUAACCAUGCUCGAAGUGGCUCCCUGCAGCAAGGAUUUGGGAUUUGGAAUACCGCCGUUCAGGCUUCCAUUCGAAUGGGAGACUGGAAGCUCCUGACAGGAAACCCUGGACAUGGAGACUGGAUCCCCCCACAGGUUCUUCCAGGUUUUCCAAACAGGUGGUGGAACCUGGAACGUAACAUGGAACCUCAAAAAUCAGUGUGGCUUUUCAACAUCUCAGAAGACCCCUAUGAGCGAUUUGAUUUGUCAGAGCAAAGACCAGACGUUGUAAAACAGCUGUUAGCGAGACUUGCGUACUACAACAGAACCGCAGUGCCUGUGAGGUUUCCUUCAGAGGACCCUCGGGCAGACCCCCACUUAAAUGGGGGGGCCUGGGUGCCCUGGGUGGCAGAUAAAAUGGAAGAGAUUGAAUCGACUGUUUACCUGAGGAAAAACACAAACUGGAAGAAGAAACCUAGUUUGUACAAACGCAGAUCAUUGUUCAGGAGACUAAACAUUCUUUCCAACAGAAUAUAGGACGAACAAGACUUUCAGAUUCAUUUAGGUCAGAAAACUUGUGAGUAAUAUCAAAGUAUAAUAAUAAGGAUAUCGUCACUGUGAAACUGAUCAGCUGUCACCAAGCUGUAGAUGAAUUUCCUGUUUUCUUGCAUCUAAUCAAAUAAAAAGUGACUUUUAAUCCA